UUGGAAUUCCUCCUGGAGAGGAGGCUGAACUUGGAGGAGGGCGUCCUGGAAAAGGAGGACAUCUGGUCGCCCUGCUCUUGGAGGAGUAGGGUCCAAACAAUAAGAGAGAGCCAGUGUGGGGUAGUGGUUGGAGUGUUGGGCUAAAUGGCUCUGGGGAGGACCGGGGUUCAAUUCCCAGCUCAGCCCUGGAAGACCCACUGGCUGGCCUUGGGCAAUAAGUCACACUCUCUCAGCCUCCUCAGGGGGGAAGGCCAUGGCCAAGAGAGCCCCUUGAUAGGGGUAAAGAGUCGGGGAGGGCUUGAAGAAGAAGGCACACAACAACAACCACAACACCAGCAACGACCAUGGUUCCGGGGAGCUCCCUUCCUCCCACAGGCGUGGCCUGUCUGCCGCAGCCGGCUCAACAACAGGGCGCCUCGCCGGCCUUGGCCUUGCUGGGUUCCCGGGCUGGAAGAAGAAGGAGGAGGAGGAGGAAGGCGGCCCGGGCGAGGAAGGGAGCCAUGGAAGGCGAGGAGCGGAGAGGGGCCAAGCGAGCCUCGGAGGAGCCCGAAGGAGAGGAUGGCCCGAGUCAUGGCCGGCCCAGCAGGGCCCGCUUCAGCCCCGGCCUCGGUUUGCAGCUUGAUAUGGAGAGCCAAAGAACUUCCAUUCUCCACAAGGUGGUCACUUUUGCCCCUGAUCCUCUCCCUGCCAGGCAGUAUGACAAGCAGACCACUGAACCAAUCAGCUUCUACCUCUCAAGCUUGGAAGAGCUGCUUGCUUGGAAAUCAACCAGUGAUGAUGCUUUCAAUAUCUCUACUGAACCACUGGCUCAGCGCCAGCCUCCCCUUAACAGCCGUAGGCCCCGCACACUGGUAUGCCAUGACAUGAAGGGUGGCUACCUUGAAGACAGGUUCAUCCAGGGCACAGAAGUAUGUGACCCUUACGUGUUCUACCAUUGGCAUUACAUUGACAUCUUUGUCUACUUUAGUCAUCAUACAGUCACCAUCCCACCAGUGGUCUGGACUAAUGCUGCUCACCGCAAUGGUGUCCUCAUGCUGGGGACAUUCAUCACGGAGUGGACAGAGGGCAGGAAGAUAUGUGAGUCCUUUCUGUCAGGAGAGACAGAAGCAUACCGUGCUGUGGCUGAGCAGUUGGCUGAAAUAGCACACUUCUAUGCUUUUGAUGGCUGGCUGGUCAACAUUGAGAACUCUUUAAGUGUGUCGGCAGCCCGGAACUUGCCCCACUUCUUGCAGUAUUUGACAGCCCAAGUGCACAAACAUGUCCCUGGAGGGCAGGUGGUAUGGUAUGACAGUGUUGUGAGGAGUGGGGAACUCAAGUGGCAGAAUGAGCUUAAUGAGAACAACAGGGUUUACUUUGAUGCUUGUGAUGGGUUCUUUACCAACUACAAUUGGAAAGAGGAGCAUCUUUUGAGGACAAGGGAGGUAGCAGAUGACCGUCGGAUUGACGUUUAUGUUGGGGUGGAUGUUUUUGGGCGUGGUGAUGUUGUGAGUGGCGGCUUUGAUACAAACAAGUCACUGCGCAUGAUUCGAGAGCAGGGCCUUUCAGUGGCCAUAUUCGCACCUGGCUGGGUAUAUGAGCACUUGGGACCGAAAGAUUUCCUGAACAAUGAGGACAAAUUUUGGGCACGACUGUCUGAACUGCUGCCGGUGCAUAGUAUUGGCUCACUCCCCUUCUGCACCAGUUUCAAUCUAGGCAUGGGCAAGAGGAAUUUUGAUAAGGGGCAGGAGAAUAGGACAGAGCCAUGGUACAACCUGAGUGCUCAGGAGAUCCAGCCAAUAUACACCAAGCAGAGGAUGCCUCAUGGUGGCUGGCUGCAGACCCGGUGCUGCCUUCAGGAUGCCUGGUGUGGGGGCAGCUCUCUGCUGCUGGAGGGGACCAUCCCAUCUGACGCUCAUCAUGUCACAGCAAGGCUGUUUUCAUUCCAGGUGCCGGCUCCCCCUCGAGUGUUCCUGCUCAUAAUAUAUAAACAGGCCUCCCAAGCUGUGACUAUUUCCCCACAAUUCACCACACGCCGGCGGUCCUCAGUCUGUCCUCCCAGCCCUGAGUCUCAUUCACCAGAACCAACGAGGCAUCAUCCUUCCCCACUCCUCACACCUCCUCCCCGUGUUGCCCAGUUCCUUAGAGGGUGUGGACAACAUGGAAAACAUGGCUGGCAAAGUCGAUGCUAUGAGGUGGAGCUCCAGAACUGUUUCCUGGAUGAGCUGUCCAUUACUGCAUCCCGUAGACAGUCUGACCAGGGUGAGAUGUCUUUUGCCUGCCGCCUAGGAAAAAUCUGGGUGCUGGAUGCUCUUGCACUGCGCUCACCUGCACCCACUGCUGCUGCCAGUCCAGUGUUGCCCAUAGAGGUUACCCAUGUUCACUGGCACCCGUCUUCUGCUGGUUGGCUCUCCCUUAGUCUCAAUUUGCACUGGACUUAUCCCUCUAGCAAGGCCAUCUGCUUCCGUGUGCACUACCGGAGUUGGGCAUGUGCCAGUGGCCCAGUGUCACCUCUUCUCCCCAUUGGGGAGGCGCAUGCCCCUCUGUACCGGGUGAUGGAGCUGAGAGUGCCAGAAGCUCACUCAGAGUCUUCUUCCUGCCGUUUGGAAUUCCUGGUGGAGCCAGUGUCUGAGGAUGGCCUCCAGGUAGAUCCUGCCAUGUGGGGGAAACUGGUCUUUGUAUACUCUGACCCAAAGUUACCCAGUACUGCCAGCAGUGACUCAGUAUAAGCUAAUUUAUGUUUGGUGGGUCAGGACAUUCCUGUUUUUAAAUAACAAAGGCUCAGCUCUGUUGUAUUUGACAUCCUUUUAAAGGGGAAGAAGGCUUAAAAAAGAAAACAGCUUUUGCCAUAGGAUGGUUGUUCACAUGCUCAAGCCUCAGAAAUAUAGCCAUCUAAUACUUCUCUACUGAUAUUCAAUAUAUAAAGAUAAUAUUUCAUUGGCUAAACAUUUUAGUGUGGCAGUUUUCAUAUACCACAGGGAAAAAGACAUUUCAGGGAAUUACAUUGUAAUGAAACAAGCUUGCAAUGAUCUUGGUUGAUAGAGAAUGAAUUUUUAUGUAGCUUUACUAAUUUGCAGAAUAUCUUUUGAAAUAAAGUUUAAAAAUGUAAAUAUCUAUUAAAAGUAAUGUUUACCAAUA